AUGCGUCCUACUGCUGACGUCCUCAAUGAAUUCUACGAUCUCGUGGAGCUAGACGCUGGAAAAAGACUCAGUGCUGCUGAUCGUCUUGUCUCGAAAGUUAAAUCGGACUCUUCAAUCGUAGACUACUGUAUCGAACGACUGGUGGCAGGGUUAAGUUCUCCGAGGGGAGCUGCGCGAUUUGGGUAUUCGGCUGCUCUCGCUGUUCUUUUAUCUGAGGUAUACGAAUCAUGGACAGUAGAGCGACUUUAUGAGUUGGCAGACAAGAAACUCGAUCUCCAUGACAAGGAAAGCGAAGGUGCAAACGGAAUUGGUCGCCACUUAUUGGCCUAUGCAAUUUUCCAGUCCAAGGCAUAUGCAGAGUGUGAAGCUUUCUUGAUCGAGAAGGAGCUUGAUGUUUAUCGAGCACAUCCGUCAUUGGGAAUGUCGAUAGUCGAAGUUAUAGCUGAGAUUGCCGUCGAGAUGGAUAAGAAGAAAUUCAAAUCGACCGUAUUGCCUCUGCUGAAAAGUUAUCUGGAUACUGCUAUCACCAGAACCUCUGUCGAGUUUCUCUAUCUCGCCUUACUUCUCAAAGACAGGUUUCCUUCGUAUAUGUCUAAUUCUGUGAGCUUUAUCCAAAAGGAUGGCUCCUGCGAGUUUACUGCAAAUGAUUUCACGUUUCUAUUGUUAAUAGUAAAAAAAUGUGACAGUACAGCAUUAGCACCGUUGCUGAAUACGCUUUUGGCUUCCUCUCGUGCUUCCGGGCAAUUCAGUGAUGUUUACAGCAGUGAGUCGCCUUUUUCCGAACUUAUAUUCUUUAUAGAAAUUAUAUCUUAUGAAUUGAGCAACAAAUUGUUUUUUGGUAAGCAGUAG